AUGGACCCACCCCAAACGCCGUGGGUGGGCCUACCACCCUUUCAAGACGAAGAUGAAUCGCUGUUGAUAAAUGCCCAGCCGAUAUUCGAGGAUAGUUUCAGUAUGACCAAGGGAGAUGGAGAUGGGCUGGAAGGUUGGGUGGAAAGUGUUACUGGGGAUGCCAGGCAGACGAAAUGGGAUAUGGUGGACCAAUCGUUGGAUUUGGGAGAUUAUGUACCCGAGGAAGAGGAACAUAUACAACAAAGUAUCGUCGCCAUGACAACUAUAAACAACAGGCAGACAUCCCAUAAGAGAGUAGGAAGUCAAUCACUUAUACCAAUAGCUGGACCAUCGAAGAAGACCAAACCACCCAUUGCCAAAGAGAAGAUCGAUGAUCUGUAUACACGUCGACUGAGCGAUUCAGUUCGACGAAAUUCAACUACCAAUGUUCAAAAUCUACAUGCUUCCCUUACAAGCACUCAAUUUCAAUCGCAUAUCCCACAAGCCCAAGCUUCUUCUUCGAAUCUCCAUAAAAUGCAAGAAACCUCAAGUUCGAGGCCGAAAGCUAGUCUACAUAUUCCCCCUGCGUCAAAUGAGAAGAAAGAAGUUAGAGGAUUUGGUGCGGAUGGUCAUAUACAGAAACAUACCUCAUUUGGUCGUAUUCCGCAAAUCCAAGAGAAGACAUCGUCAAGAGGUCUGACCAAAUCGAACAACAUCCAGCCUUCUCGACAACCUUCUAUCGAGACUUCAUCUACCUCUGGAGAUAUCCCUCGGCGGGGUGGGAGUGCAGACCAAGAUGGAGUCCAAACUUUCUCAAAUCAACUAGCCACUCAACAUUUACUUUCCGUAGCAGAUCACGAAAAGUUCACAGCUCAUCGUCAACCCUCACCAUUCUCACUUGCAUCAACUACAUCGGAAAUGUCAUCUUCACAUACAUAUACUUCCGAAAUUAAAGAUUUGAGUGCCGGUUCGAGAAGAUCAUCGAUGUUUGAAAAAGUAGUUGGGUUCUUGUCGAACCUGCUCACUCGAUCUAUCUCAUCAAGCUCACUGAGAGAUGAAGUAUCAUCCUGCCGAGCGGAUCAAGGAGUAGAAGGUGAAGAAGAUGACGCGACGGUCACUUUAAAAUAUGAUAUCGAUCAGGAAGAGGAUAUAGCUGUCGUAUUUGAUAACGAGCAUCAAGAGGAACAGGAAGCAAGAGAACAUCGCCUGGAGCUAAAUACAGAGAAAAGGCUUCCUCUGAAUAAAGCUGAAUCAUCAACCAAUCGAGUCAGUGCUAAGCAUAUCUAUUCAAUCGUUCCUCUCCCCAAACCCAUCCGGUUCUCUCGACCUCUCCACAUCCGACCCAAACCUAAUUUCAAAGCCCAAACUACCUUCAUGGUACAUCCUAAAUCCAAACCACUUCAACCUUCUCGAUCGGCCAAUACCAACGUAUCAUCUUCGUCCUCAAAUGUUUCAAAAGGUUCAACAUCAACCGACAAACAACCUUUUGUUGUUACAUCGACUGGGACGAGAUCAACUAUCAAUCGUCCAACAACCAAAUCUGCUUUCGCCUCUGCUGCAUUAGCUAAACUUCCUCCACCGGGUAAAGGUCACUCUACCUCUUUAUCUACUCAACCGGUCAUUGUCAAAUCCACAGAGAGAGUCAGGGAUUUGAAAGAGAGGAAAAGUGUGUUCGAAAGAUUAUCUAAACCGAAUCCAAAUUCCAAUCCAAUAAACAAAAACCACGUCGCUCAUCUCAGACCUAGUAGAGCAAGGAUGAACUUGACUGUACCUAUCAGAGGACAUACACCUGGUAAAGCAAGUGAUAUAAGAUCAAAACAGAGGGCUAAACUCGACGCAAUCGUCAAUGAGGACAUCAAAGAAAAGGAAAAACAACAAGAAGAACUUAAGAAACGAAAGGAACAAGAGGAAGAGGAGGAGUAUAUGAGGAGAAGGAAAGAAACUGUCAUUUGGGCGAAACCUGUUCCAGAUAUGUAUAAAAGGUGA